AUGUGGAGGGCAUCGGUGAUAUCCCUCACUUCUCUGGCUCUCCUUCCAUCUGUGCUUGGAACAGACAUCUUGAAGACGAACGGAUUCUCCGACUGUAACAAUGGGACAUCUACUAUCAAAGUCAACAAUGUCGACAUUUCUUUCAAUCGAGACACCAACGAAAUCACAUUCGAUGUCUCAGGCACCAGCACUCAAAUACAAGAGGUUACGGCCGAAUUGAUUGUGACGGCGUAUGGUGUCCAAGUCUAUCAAGACACGUUUGAUCCUUGUGAUGAUUCCACCAAAGUCGAACAACUCUGUCCAGUACCUGAAGGAACAUUUGCUGCCAACGGGACUCAAGAGAUCCCUUCCGAAUACACAUCCCUCAUUCCUUCUAUCGCAUACUCGUUGCCCGAUCUCGAGGGGAGUGCGCAGUUGAUUCUCAAGGCAAAGGACGGACAAGAGGUGGCUUGUGUCCAAUCCGGCGUUUCUAAUGGCAAGACCGUGGAGGUACCUGCCGUCUCAUAUGUUGCUGCUGCUGUUGCCGCUGCAGCUUUGGCGGUAUCCCUGGUCGGAGCUGCGGCCAGCGGUGGACAUCCUGGAUCAAGCACUUCCAGCCCUGGCUUCUCUGAGGUCAUGUGGUGGUUCCAAGGAAUGGCCAUGAACGGUAUGCAUUCAGUGCCAUAUCCCACAAUCUACCGCAGCUUCGCGAAGAACUUUGCUUUCAGCACCGGUCUGGUGUCCUGGGCUGGACUACAAAAGUCGAUCGACAGUUUCAGAUCCCAUACCGGUGGAAACUUGACCGAUGCCAACUACGAGUAUCUCAAGAACGCAACGCUAGUCUUUCCCGAUGGCUCAACGUCUCAAACCACAACCGGAAUCGCCAAACGUGCGCUCCUAUUUCUUCGUGACGUUGAUACGUCAGUCAAUGGCACCAGCUCCAGCAGUGAAGAUAAUUCCUCCGAAUCGCGUCUGGUGCAAGGCAUCCAAGGCUAUGUUGAGCAACUUACCAUUCCCGAGGCGAACACCUUCAUGACCGUGCUCUUGAUCUUCGCCAUUGUGGUCGCCGCGAUUGUGGUCGGCAUUCUUCUUUUCAAGGUCAUUCUGGAGGCCUGGGCACUUUUCGGCAAGUUUCCCAAGUCAUUGACUACCUUCCGCAAGGAAUACUGGCGUAUCAUGGCCCAGACGAUCACGUCUCUCAUCUUUCUGCUUUAUGGCGUCUGGACGCUGUAUUGCAUUUUCCAAUUCACUCAUGGUGAUUCAUGGGCGGCGAAGCUUCUGGCUGCUCUCACUUUGGCCACAUUUACAGCCCUUCUUGGGUUCUACACCUGGAAGAUUUGGAGUGUGGUCCACAAGCUCAAGAAAUUGGAAGGUGAUGCGAACGCAUUGUUCGAGAACAAGGAGACUUGGAAAAAAUACAAGCUCUUCUACGAAAACUACAAACGUGGAUACUGGUGGCUUUUCAUUCCCUCCAUUGUUUACAUGUUUGCCAAAGGAUGUGUUUUGGCUGCCGGUGACGGUCAUGGUUUGUUCCAAACCAUCGGCCAGAUGGUUAUCGAGGCCUUGAUGCUUAUACUUCUUCUCUGGAGCCGACCAUACAACCGCAAAUCCGGAAACUGGAUCAAUAUCAUUAUUCAAAUCGUUCGCGUCUUGUCGGUGAUUUGCAUUUUGGUCUUUGUCCAGGAACUUGGAAUCGCCCAGACCACAAAGACCAUUACCGGGGUCGUUUUGAUUGCCGUCCAGUCCGGCCUUACUGCUAUCCUCGCCCUCCUGAUCGUCAUCAACAGCAUCAUCACCUGCUGCAAAGAAAAUCCUCAUCGGAAACGACGCAAGGCGGCCGAAAAGAACAUGUCCCGAGAUCUCGAAGGCAAUGUAUUCCUGAUGCAGCCAAAUCCAUAUGCCGCCUCACCCCCUCAACACACUCGUCGAAUGUCCAACUCGACACAAGGUUAUGAGCCAAUGCGAGCCCACGCCUUGUCUCGGCUCGGAUCCCGAUAUAACGACAGUCAGGAAGGGCUCGUCAAGGGCGCAGCAUCUAUGGGCUCAUCGGGAUACCGCAGCUUGAGUCAGGGAAGAAAUGGUCUCGAUGGAAGUCCGCCUCCCUUGUCCCGCGAGCCUAAACUGCCCGAUCUGGGCUUUGAACAGUAUCGGCAUAAGUAG